ACCAACCCUGCUGUCUAAGGUUCUGCUCCAUACUGCUUUUGAACUUGACGAUGAGGUUUAGACUGCGUGUAGCCUGUUUGAAAUACUGCUCUUGAACUUGACGAUGAGGUUAAGACUACGUGUAGCCUGUUUGAAAUCGUUGGUGCAUGUUGUGCUCUGUUGUCUUCUGUUUACGGGCAGGCCCUUAAAAUGUAGCCCCUGCAUUCCUCCGAGUCACAGGGCAAACGCCAUCUGUGGACAAUAUCUGACUUCAGAACCACGAGAUUCAGCUCGUUCAAAGCAGUAUCGAGGUGGUGCGUGAGUUGGCCCGUGUGACUAAAAAGAAUUGUUUGAAAGUUUGAUAUACACGCCAGGUCAGUCCCAAACCGCGUGGUCUGACUGUCUGCAAGACCACUUCUGACACGGCCCCAUCCCUGAUGCUUUAACGAGCUUCUUGCCUCUCCCAAAUCUCCGGCCCGACCGACCGACCAGUAAUAUUGGAGAAGCCCCACGGAUCCAGCACGCAUCCGCCAUUUUCAGCAGAUUGAGAGCAGGUAGAACAGAAUCUGACACAGUGUCGGUCCAAACACAACAGAUCCCAUGUGAGCCCGGCCGGCUGUUGAAGCGGUACCCAGGGGGUGGAGUCUGGACAGAGACGGAUGAGUGACAGGUGUUUGAUCCCUGGCAGGCAUGGCUGUGACGGUGGUAUCUGGAGGGUUGUCUGUCAGUGAGGGGGUAUCGGAGACCCUGGAGGACGUCCCCCCCCACGUCUGGAAAGGACUCCCAGAUGACAUGAGGCUCAGGCGGUCCGCUGUCAAUCCAAACCGCAUAGGUGUGUGGGCAGCGCAGGCCCUCCCCAGAGGCAAGCGUUUCGGGCCCUUUAUGGGCGACAAGAAGAAGAGGUCCCAGGUGACCAGUAACGUCUACAUGUGGGAGGUGUACUUCCCUGCGCGUGGCUGGAUGUGUGUGGACGCCACAGACCCCCUGAAGGGGAACUGGCUGCGCUACGUAAACUGGGCUCGCUCCGCCCAGGAGCAGAACCUGUUCCCCCUGGAGAUCAAUAGGGCCAUUUACUACAAGGUGCUCCGGCCAAUCGGGCCGGGACAAGAGUUGCUUGUGUGGUACAAUGGGGAAGACAACCCGGAGAUAGCAGCUGCACUAGAGGAAGAAAGAGCAAGCAGUUUAAGCAAGAAAAAUUCUCCCAGGGCCAAAAGAGCCAGGAAGAAGCUCUUGGAGCGGGAGAGGCUGGCUGCUGUGGGACUGCGUGGCCUCAAGUCAACGGGGCCGGACAGACUCAGAGAUCGAGACAUGCGUGAGUCUGAAGAAGGCCUGAAUGAGGAUGAGAGUCCCUCCCUGUCCUCUGGGCUCGUGAAGGAGAAGCCUCCCUCCCAGGAGUCCGUCAUAACCACAGUUAGUAUGCACCCCGCCCAGCCCGACCCCCACCCCCUCGCUGGGGCAGAGAGCUCGGAGCCCCUCCCUGAGGUGAGCACGACCCCCUCCCAAGCUCACCCACCCUUAGAGGCCCCCCAGGAGGAAGAGGAGGAGGGGGAAGAAGAGGAGGGAGAGGAGGAGGAGGAAGAAGAGGAGGGAGAGGAGCAGCUGCCCUCCUCCCAGCCGAGCUCAGGGCUGCCUGUAGAGGGCAGUGUGUCACAUGAACAGCUGGGCCCCUGCAGCCCUGCGGGGGAAACCCCAGGGAGCCCUGCAGGCGAAUCUGAGAGCGUGUUCUGCGCCCUGAAGCCACAGCAGGACCCCGACCCCGACCCGGAGGGCGACCUUGAGGACGACCUUCAGGGUGAGUCGUACCCUUGCCAGCACUGCGAGCGCCACUUCGCCACCAAGCAGGGCCUGGAGCGGCACACACACAUCCACAGCCUGGCCAGCAGCAACCAGCAGGAGGCGCUCUCGUUCCGCUGCCGCUACUGUGGCAAGAGCUUCGGCUCGCAGGUGGGCCGGCGGCGGCACGAGCGUCGCCACGAGAGCGCGGGGAAGAAGCGUCCCGGUUCCCUGGCCGGUACCGCCACGCUGCUCAGCCCACUGCUCCUGACGGACGGCCAGCGCCCCGACGCCACCACCACCACCACCAGCAGCCCCGCCCAUCUCAUAGUCAUGGCGACGCAGAACGGGGCACACAUCCUGUCCGCCGACGGUCAGAAGAGGGACCCGUCAUCGGCGGGCGACUCGGAGCGGCCGGUCAUGGUGGACGAGAACGGCGAGGCGCGGGAGCUGCACCCGUGUAAGUACUGCAACAAGGCGUUCGGCACGCACACCAACAUGCGCCGCCACCAGCGCCGCAUCCACGAGCGCCACCUGCUGCCCAAGGGCGUGCGCAGGAAAGGCAUGCUUCUGCCGGACGCCACGCAGGCCGGGGGCGGUCAGCAGGGGCGCCGCAGGAGGGGGGGUCGCCCGGCGGCAGCAGCCCCCCGCCCGUCUACGUGCCCAGCAUGGACUCGGAGGACGAGGCGGAGCGGGACGAGGGCAUGGCCAACAUCUCCAGCAACAUCUCCGAGAACCUCAGCCUGUACAUCGACGGCAAGAUCGUCUCCACGGCCACCGUCAGCAGCUGUGAGGUCAUCGAGGUCAACUCCAGCUCCUCCGCCCUCUUCGGCCUCGACGCCGUCAUCAUCAGCCCGGAACAGAUCAGUCAGGCGCUCGGCGCCGAGGCCACGCACCACACACACGCUCGCGCACGCACACACACACACACUCACCAGCCCGCGGGGAAGCGCAGGACCUCCACUCCGCCCCUCCUGCCCAGGUGAGGGGGUAUCGGAGACCCUGGAGGACGUCCCCCCCCACGUCUGGAAAGGACUCCCAGAUGACAUGAGGCUCAGGCGGUCCGCUGUCAAUCCAAACCGCAUAGGUGUGUGGGCAGCGCAGGCCCUCCCCAGAGGCAAGCGUUUCGGGCCCUUUAUGGGCGACAAGAAGAAGAGGUCCCAGGUGACCAGUAACGUCUACAUGUGGGAGGUGUACUUCCCUGCGCGUGGCUGGAUGUGUGUGGACGCCACAGACCCCCUGAAGGGGAACUGGCUGCGCUACGUAAACUGGGCUCGCUCCGCCCAGGAGCAGAACCUGUUCCCCCUGGAGAUCAAUAGGGCCAUUUACUACAAGGUGCUCCGGCCAAUCGGGCCGGGACAAGAGUUGCUUGUGUGGUACAAUGGGGAAGACAACCCGGAGAUAGCAGCUGCACUAGAGGAAGAAAGAGCAAGCAGUUUAAGCAAGAAAAAUUCUCCCAGGGCCAAAAGAGCCAGGAAGAAGCUCUUGGAGCGGGAGAGGCUGGCUGCUGUGGGACUGCGUGGCCUCAAGUCAACGGGGCCGGACAGACUCAGAGAUCGAGACAUGCGUGAGUCUGAAGAAGGCCUGAAUGAGGAUGAGAGUCCCUCCCUGUCCUCUGGGCUCGUGAAGGAGAAGCCUCCCUCCCAGGAGUCCGUCAUAACCACAGAAGAGGAGGGAGAGGAGGAGGAGGAAGAAGAGGAGGGAGAGGAGCAGCUGCCCUCCUCCCAGCCGAGCUCAGGGCUGCCUGUAGAGGGCAGUGUGUCACAUGAACAGCUGGGCCCCUGCAGCCCUGCGGGGGAAACCCCAGGGAGCCCUGCAGGCGAAUCUGAGAGCGUGUUCUGCGCCCUGAAGCCACAGCAGGACCCCGACCCCGACCCGGAGGGCGACCUUGAGGACGACCUUCAGGGUGAGUCGUACCCUUGCCAGCACUGCGAGCGCCACUUCGCCACCAAGCAGGGCCUGGAGCGGCACACACACAUCCACAGCCUGGCCAGCAGCAACCAGCAGGAGGCGCUCUCGUUCCGCUGCCGCUACUGUGGCAAGAGCUUCGGCUCGCAGGUGGGCCGGCGGCGGCACGAGCGUCGCCACGAGAGCGCGGGGAAGAAGCGUCCCGGUUCCCUGGCCGGUACCGCCACGCUGCUCAGCCCACUGCUCCUGACGGACGGCCAGCGCCCCGACGCCACCACCACCACCACCAGCAGCCCCGCCCAUCUCAUAGUCAUGGCGACGCAGAACGGGGCACACAUCCUGUCCGCCGACGGUCAGAAGAGGGACCCGUCAUCGGCGGGCGACUCGGAGCGGCCGGUCAUGGUGGACGAGAACGGCGAGGCGCGGGAGCUGCACCCGUGUAAGUACUGCAACAAGGCGUUCGGCACGCACACCAACAUGCGCCGCCACCAGCGCCGCAUCCACGAGCGCCACCUGCUGCCCAAGGGCGUGCGCAGGAAAGGCAUGCUUCUGCCGGACGCCACGCAGGCCGGGGGCGGUCAGCAGGGGGCGCCGCAGGAGGGGGGGUCGCCCGGCGGCAGCAGCCCCCCGCCCGUCUACGUGCCCAGCAUGGACUCGGAGGACGAGGCGGAGCGGGACGAGGGCAUGGCCAACAUCUCCAGCAACAUCUCCGAGAACCUCAGCCUGUACAUCGACGGCAAGAUCGUCUCCACGGCCACCGUCAGCAGCUGUGAGGUCAUCGAGGUCAACUCCAGCUCCUCCGCCCUCUUCGGCCUCGACGCCGUCAUCAUCAGCCCGGAACAGAUCAGUCAGGCGCUCGGCGCCGAGGCCACGCACCACACACACGCUCGCGCACGCACACACACACACACUCACCAGCCCGCGGGGAAGCGCAGGACCUCCACUCCGCCCCUCCUGCCCAGGGUGAAGAUGGAAGCUGACAGCAUUUCCUCCUCUGCCUCGUCGUCUUCCUCCUCCUCGUCGUUCCCUCAGGUGGAGACUCUGGCCUUCCAGAAGGAAAAGAGUGUGUAUCUCUCCCCCAAGCUUAAGCAGCUGCUGCAGACUCAGGACGCCCAGAAGGCCUCGCUCACACUCAUCGCAGACACGCACACACACCGCGCCGCCCCCCCCCUCUCAGUCAGCCCCCUCUCCUGCGCUUCCGGAAGGUUCAAGCGUAGGACCAGCUCCCCCCCCACAUCCCCCCCGCUAAGCGCAGCCCCCACCCCCGCCGAGGCCCCCGGGACCGAGUCCGUGCCCCCCUUCGUCCUGAAGGUGCCCAAGCUGGAGGGCCACAGCCGCUCGGCCAGCUGGGGUGUGUGUGGCAGAGAGGAGGGAGACGCCAAACACACACACACGCGCGCACACAGAGACUGGCCCUUGUCACGGAGUGGGGGCAGCUCCUGCAACCAGCAGCCCUUGGACCUGUCCGGCCCCGUGGGCAGGAGGAGCUGCGGUGGGGGGGCGCCGCCCACGGGGGGGGAGGCGGUGCUGGACCUGAGCAUGAGCAGGAAGAGCUCUGUCACCGCGGAGUCGGACGCCCGCGGCAACCAGCCGGCACACACACAGCCCCUGGGCCGCAAGAAGAAGCCCAACACCAGCAUGCUGGAGAAGGUGCUGAUGAGCGACUACGCCGGCCUGGCGCCGGAGGCCGAGGAGGCCACGAGCAGACCGGACGCCACGUCCUCGCCGGGCAGCCCCGACUCCUCUUCGGACCACCUCCCAGCCGAGUCUAGCCCCUCCUCGCCCCCCUCCCUGACCCCCGUGACCCUCCACUCCUCUCCCUGCUCCCCCCGCCAGCCCUCCUCCUCUCCGCCGCCCGCCCUCCUCCCCACCCCCCUCCCCACCCCCCCUCUCCAGAUCCCCGCUCUCCCAGCCCCCAGACGACGACUCCACGGCCUCCUACCCCGUCCUCUCUCCCAAAGCCUCGCCCAGAGACCCAGCCGGCUCACAGCAGACCGCACGGAGGACCCAGACAGCGCUGGGGCUGAGGCAUCCACACACACACAGCUCACCGGCCCCGCUGACACACACACACACGGCUCAGGUGAUACCGAGCCCUCGCUGAGACCCGGCACACUACACCGGGCCGCGUCCCCCGCCUCUGACGACGGGGACGCCAGCGAGGCUCUGCCUUACAGUUCAGCCGGGUCCUCAGACAGCCAAAGCAGUUCCUUAGAAGAACCGGUCCGACAGAAGACAGAACCAGCAGAUCAUGAGCGCGGAGAACCUGCUCAGCACCCCUGCGAGUCGCUCCCAGCAGCGGCAGCAGCACAGUCCCGCAGUCCUGCCAAAGCUGCAUCAAAACACCUUGUCGCGCACUUCCCUCUCAAGCAGGAGCCGGAGGACAGCGAGGAACUGGGGGAGUACCAGUUCCUGCCCAGGAGCGCCGCUCAGGAGCGCGGCUCGGAGGAAGACACGGACGGGGACGGCGAGGCGUUCGCGAAGAGCUUCGUGUGUAACGUGUGCGAGGAGCCCUUCCGCUCCAUCACGGAGCUGAGCCGCCACAUCAGCGUGCACGCGGCGGACUGGCCGCUCAAGUGCGAGUUCUGCGUGCAGCUGUUCGGGAGCGCGGCGGCCCUGCUGGAGCACCGCUCCGCCCUGCACGGCGUGGGCCGUAUCUACGUCUGCUCCGUCUGCCGCAAGGAGUUCGCCUUCCUCUGCAACCUGCAGCAGCACCAGCGCGACCUCCACCCCGACCAGCCCUGCGCUCACACCGUGCUCGAGAGCGGCAAGCUGCGCUUGCAGAACUACACCGACCCGGCCUGCGCCGCCGCCGAGCCCAGCCCCACGGAACCACCCCCCGAGCCGCUCCUCCCGGACGCCGCCGUGGAGCCCAAAGAGGAGGCGCAGGCCAGCCCGGAGGAGGCCCAGGAGGAGGUGCAGGAGGACCCCACGGAGGAGCUGUACACCACCAUCAAGAUCAUGGCCUCGGAGGCGGGCAAGCCAAAGAGGCCCGACGUGCGUCUGGGCAUCAACCAGCACUACCCCAGCUUCAAGCCUCCACCCUUCCCUUACCACAACCGCACUCCGGCCGGCACGGUCGCCUCGGCAACCAACUUCACCACCCACAACAUCCCGCAGACCUUCAGCACGGCCAUCCGCUGCACCAAGUGCGGUAACAGCUUCGACAACAUGCCCGAGCUACACAAGCACAUCCUGGCCUGCGCCAAUGCCAGCGACAAGCGCCGCUACACCCCCAAGAAGAACCCCAUCCCGCUCCGCCAGACCGUCAGGCCCCAGAACGGCCUGGUCUCCGCGGCGACCACUGCCAGCACGGUGCACAGCGUCUUCCGCAGGAUAGGCCAGCCCAAGCGGCUGAGCUUCAGCGCGGAGCCGGCGUCCCGAAUGAGUGCGCUCAGUAAGAAGAAGCAGCAGCUGCUGCAGAAGGCCAUCUCCCAGAAGAACCGUUCCGCCUCCUCCUCCUCCUCCUCCUCCUCCUCCUCCGCCUCCGCCUCCGCCGCUAAGAGAGGAGGCGUGCCGCAGCCACCGCCGCAGCAGCAGGAGGAGCAGCAGCAGCCGGGGACAGCGGAGAUACACGUGUGCCCCCACUGCAGGCGCGAGUUCACCUACCCCGCCAGCCUGUCCAAGCACAUCGCUGUCAGCUGCCCCAUGAAGCCCGCCCCCAAGCGGGGCAGGAAGCCGGGCGGGGGGGCGGCGGCAGCGGACGCCUCGGCUGCUCGGGACAAGAGCAUGAGCCUGCGGAGACGUCCGGCCGAGGAGGCGAAGCAGGAGCCCGACGGCGCCCCCCGGCCUCUGGGCAAAACGCGGGCACGCAGCUCUGAGCUUGCGGAGAGCGACGCCAACCUGCCGCCCAGGGGCAAGGCCACCGUCGCCACGACAGCACGGGCCAAGCGCCCCGCCACACAGCCCCUCGCUGCUGCCCCCGGCAACAAGAAGGGCAGGAAGAGCCUCCAGAUCCCGCCUCCCAGCCAAGACCCCGCCCAGUCAGUGCCAGCCGAGGAGCCGGUGGAGCGGCCGCCCGCCAAGAUGCAGAAGGUGGGCAAGGAGGGGGCAGGCAAGCGGGCAGCCGAGGGCAAACUGCCCCAGCAGCAGCAGGGCAAGAGGGAGGAGCGCCUCCUGCGCCCGAGGGUGGGUGGCCGGUCACACGGAGCCUCCAGCAGGCCGCCGCCCCCCCAGCAGAGGGGAAGCCAGAAGACCCCCCCCAACAGGACGCACGGGAACCCCAGGAACCUGCUGCAAAGCUCACCAGGUAGAGCUGCAAGGACCUUCCGGAUCUUUCUGAGGGAAGCCGAGCCUGGUGGCGGCGGCGGCGAUCACCACCUGCGGGUGACCUUUGACCCAGCCGGAUCCCAGCCGGCUGCGUGAGGACGUGCUGGUGGGUGCCAUCGGGCUGGAGCCAACUGCUCUCUGGAACCGAGCCUCUCACACACACACCUUCACAUGGGCUCUCUGGAACCGAGCCUCUCACACACACCUUCACAUGGCUGAGCUCUCCCUGCACUUUCAUCAUUGAGCCUAUGGUGUAUGCAUUGCAAAAACACACACACACACACAUGCAUAAAAAGGACUGUAGAUAAUUAAUAAAUCUAUAUUGUAAAGUAAUAGGCAAUGACUUGAUUGAUAAAGAUGGGGGCACUGUUUUAACAUGGAUGGCUAUCGUAUUGCAAAUGGCAAUCAUUUAUCACAGUUACUGCAGCCCGGUUCCUCUCUCUCCUCCUUACUCUGUGGUUAGAGAGGGGGUGUCAGGCCUCCACAGGGAACAGCUUCCUCAGGCUCGGGUCUGACCCAGGAUGGGCUCGGGUCUGACCCAGGGUGGGCUGCUCUCGGUUCCGACCCAGGUCGGGCUGCUCUCUGGUCUCCCCUGCAUGAGUUGCGUAUCCUUGACGGAGCUCGUCUCUGUACCUCCUCUCUGUUCACGCUCUGCAUCUGCCCCUGCUCACAUGGGGGUGGGGGGGCAUUUAAGUGUAUUUAAUUUAAUGUUAUGUCUCUAUAGGGAAUGAAAUGUUCAUGCUCUCCUGUAAAGAGAGCUUUUUCUUUUUUUUUUUUAAAUGUAAAAGUGUGACCCAGAUGAAGCAAUCUGUUUGAGACAGUUGGACUGGGUGGUCAGGACUGUGUGUGUGUGUGUGUGUGUGUGUGUGUGUGUGUG